GGCCGGCGAAGGCCCCCGCGGUGCGGGCGGCGCUGACGUGUCGGUGGGAGCGGCGGCGGCCCCGGCAGCACCAUGUCGAAGGUCACCUUUAAAGUGACGCUCACCUCGGACCCUCGGUUGCCUUACAAAGUGUUAAGCGUGCCUGAGAGCACACCUUUCACAGCUGUCCUCAAGUUUGCUGCAGAAGAAUUCAAAGUUCCUGCAGCAACAAGUGCCAUUAUAACAAAUGAUGGUAUAGGAAUAAACCCUGCACAGACAGCAGGAAAUGUGUUUCUAAAGCAUGGUUCAGAUCUACGGCUCAUUCCCAGAGAUCGUGUUGGGAGCUCAUAACAUCUCCUGAAAGCUGGGGAAUAGGUGACGUUGCUGUGCAGCAGAAGUCUAUUUAUUUUGGAACUCCAGAAUGCAACUGAUGAAUUGGACUUUCCUAAAGCAAGCAAAAAUGACUUCCCAGGAUUUUAUUUUUUGUUUUU